CUCCAUCACCACCUCACCCCCUCCUCUAUCUCCAGGUAAAUCCCGCCUAUUCCCUCUCCGCUCCCUCUCAUUCUCCCUCUCCAGACUAUUCCUUUCUUAAGCGUAUACCUUCGCCCCCUCUUGAACUCUUCCCUUCCCCUUCAAAGCCCACUCGCUCCAUCUACCCGUCUGACGUCGUGAGAAAUCCGAGUCUUGGCAGCUCUCUCUUUCCCACACCACACACAUUUCUGCAAAAGACCUUGCCGAAGUUCCACCACAGCUACUGACAUCCUGCUCUUUUUUUUUACCCUCUAGGUUCUAUAACAGACCAAACAAACUUCCGUCACAAUGGAUCACGCAAAGUUGGCUAGGAUGCAGGCGAGCGUGCGGAUUGGAGGCAAGGGUACUCCCCGCCGCAAGGUUAAGAAGGUCCACAAGACCUCCGGCGCCGACGACAAGAAGCUCCAGGCUACCCUGAAGAAGAUGAACGUCCAGCCCAUCCAGGCUAUUGAGGAGGUCAACAUGUUCAAGGAGGACGGAAACGUCAUCCACUUCGCUGCUCCUAAGGUCCACGCCUCCGUCCCCUCCAACACCUUCGCUCUCUACGGCAACGGCGAGGAGAAGGAACUCACCGAGCUCGUCCCCGGUAUCCUCAACCAGCUUGGCCCCGACAGCCUCGCCUCCCUGCGCAAGCUCGCAGAGAGCUACCAGAACAUGCAGAAGAACCAGGCCGGUGCUGAGGGCAAGAAGGAUGACGAUGAGGACGAUAUCCCCGAUCUGGUGGAGGGCGAGAACUUCGAGAGCAAUGUUGAAUAAAUAUGACGCUUUUAAUGAAUUGAAUCCGAAUCGAAUCAAAUCAAAUCAUCCCUGAUAUGAUAUGAUAUGAUAAGAUAUGAUGUGAUGUGAUGUGAUAUCUUCUUCUUCUUCUUCUUCUUCCAUCUUUAUCUGAAAUGAAAAAGUACAAGGCAGGCAGGCUAUUGAUUGCAUAUUACAUCUUGCAUUUUUCUCUGCUUUGUUUGUUUGUUUCCCUUCCUUUCUAUAUUGCUGCACGAGGCCAAGUAUUCGAGGCCUGGGACAGAAGAAUGGUUAGAAAGGCGCUGGCGGUACAGUGAAGAUAAUAGUUUUAUCUCUACUGCACUGGUAUUUAGUACAGACUAGUACUAGUAGUAGUAGUAGUGUAAUGGAAUGAGUUGCGG